AUGACCUCCCCUACUGCGAGCGACCCGCCUCCCUCCCCUCUCCUCCGCCUCUCCGCCGAACUCCUCGAUCACAUCCUCUCCUUCCUCCUGCCCUCCCCUACCCGUCUCGCACGCAAGACCCUCGCGCGCCUCCUCCCUAUCCACCCCUCACUCGUCCCGCUCAUCCGACGCCGCCUCUACGCCCGUAUCUCACUCACGAUCGGCUCCUCGGACGGUUCGGACCUUGCGUUCCUCGACCUCCUGCGUGAUGGGGUUGCAGGUCCUCACAUCCGCGUGCUGAGGCUCGAGUUGCCCAAGCCAGACUGGUCCGUCAUCGUCCAGGACCGCGAUCCGGCAGAGUUUCUCGUCGCCCGCCCGGUACUGGAUCAGAAACGGACGGUGGAGCUGGUCAGGGAGAUCUUUGAGCGGACGCCGUUCGUGAGGCAUGUCGAGGUGGAUGUGCAGCUUGGCGUGCCGCUCGAGUGGGUGCACAAGAGGGAUGUCGAGGGCCAAGAGGCGGACGGGGAGGCACUCGCGGGACUGGCGGAGGCUAUGGCGGCGUGGACCAACCUUGAGGGGUUCGUCACCGCCCUUCCAGACGCCAAACAGCGCCUCCAGAUCUGGUCCGACCCCAGCACGACCUCGCACUACGUCCACGCUCUGACGACCUGGUCCUCCCUCACAACGCUCGACCUGUGGCGCGUCCGACUCGUCGUGCCGGCCGAUGAUGCAUCCCUCGCCUUCCCCGCAUUUGCGCUCGAGGAGCUCAAUUUGCGCCAGGUUGAGCUGGGUGACGAUCUCGAAUUGAGAUGGUUGCUGGGCAAGGCCGGCGGGACACGGUCGGCGAAACUUAAGACGCUCCGGCUGAAUGAGGUCGACUUCGUCCGGCAGAGCGGGACGAACGCCCCACUCCUCUCAAUCUUUCCCGCCGACCAGCCCGCCUCGUUCGCCGCAGCACUCGAAGUGCUCGACCUCACGCUCAGCAACCCGAUUCCCUCUGUCUCAGCCGCUCGUUUCGCCCGCUUCACGCAUCUCAAGGAGCUGACGCUCGCGGGCCCGGGCGUCGACCUCGCGCUGUGCGAGGCGUUCUUCGGCGUCGACCAGGACGGGACGAGGAGCAAGUCGCUCGACUCCACCCCGCCUCUCUCUUCCCUCCGCGACGUAGCCUUCCACUAUCUCCCUCACCCGUCCAUCGCCAUCCCCGAUCUCGUUUCGCUCCUGCACCCGCCCUCAUCACACCGCUCCUCCACCCCGCCCCUCCCCUCACUCACCGACCUCCGGUUCCACACGACCUACCCUCUCCCGCGCACACUAGACUGGCGCACCCGGCGCCUUACUCGCGAGCCCGUUUGGGCUGCUUUGGCGGACGACGAGGUGGGCGAUGAAGGGUGGAAGGAGGUCUUUCGCUGUGCUGGGCGGAUCAAUCGCGCGCGGAAGAGGGCGGCGCUCGUGAGGGGUGAGAGUGGGGUUGUAAGGAGGGUGAGGGUGUGGCAGAACCGGUUUGAGAUGGGGUAUGACGAUGUUGCGUCUGAGGGAGAAGGAGAGGACGAGGAGGAGGACGAGGAAGAGGGGAACGCGAGCGAGGUCGACCCGAAUGCGCUGUUUGUCCCUGGGAGUGGGAGCGAGGGGGAGGAGGAGAAUGCGGCGUGGGUUAGGAGGACGCUGCAGGACGAGGAGGACGAGGAGGACUUUUGA